GAGAGAGAGAGAGAGAGAGAGAAAUCGUUGCAUACCAAGUGAGAAAGUCGGUCACAAAAGAAAGCAUUGAAACGCGGUGCACGCGGUCGGUCACCUCCAUUUCUUCGCCCCGCGUGCCUCUGCAGGCCGAUCUUUGAACCUGGUCUACCUCAGGUAGGGCUGAUAGGUCACUCAGAGCGCAUCAGGAGAGACUGCUGCUCCCAAGAUAAUAAGCAGUUAAAGAGCGAUGGAUGUGACUGCGGACUGCGCGCAGACUCGGCGGGUCGGGACGGUUGAGCUCUGAGUGAAAUCUCGCAGCAGAUUGAUUUGAUUUGUUUUUCAUCGAAGGGAACAAUCAGUUAACUCAGAGAUGUCUUACUUCAGAUGUGUUAUUACGUGCGUGUUCGUCUUUAUUUCAAAGUCCCACAGUAUACAUGUGGUUGACCUGGGGGGUCGGGCAUAUCUGGAUGAUAUUAUACACUAUUAUGGUGAAAAUAACUCCAUCUCAACGGAGAAUCUGAGCAAUUUAUUGCUGCUAAUCUCAGCCAGAAGGUCUGAGGAGGUAUUCAGUGAAGGAAACCCGCUGGCAAACCAGGAGUGUCAGUCCACAGAGCAGAUUUUGUCCCACUUUGGCUUAGGGAAUGUCAGUCAGCUGAGUGCGGAACAUCUGGACCAGAUCUGCCCCGCUGUGUUGACCCAGGUGCUGCUGCCCUCCUGCCCCCACAACGGCCCUACGCUUCUGCCCCCCAUUGACUACAGUGUGUGGGGUUAUGGGUUUCUGGCGGUCACUUUGAUCAACCUGGCGUCUCUGCUUGGCCUCCUACUGAUCCCCUUCAUCAAGAAGUCUUAUUUCCCCAAAGUGCUCACGUACUUCAUCGGCCUGGCCAUCGGCACGCUGUUCUCCAAUGCUGUACUUCAGCUCAUACCAGAGGCUCUGGGUUUUGAUCCCAAAUCGGACAACUAUGUGGCAAAUGCAGUUGGAAUAUUUGGAGGGUUUUACCUCCUGUUCUUCAUGGAGAAGAUACUGAAAUUGGCUCUCGGCUUAGACCAUGAGCACGGUCACAGCCACUUCAGUCCUGCAGAGCUGCCUCAAGAGAACUCCGUCCACAACGGAGACAUACCGGAGAAAAAGGACUCCAUCGUUCUGACCAGCAUCAGUACCAUCACCACAGGCAGGAGCAGCCCCAACCCAAACCAACAACCUUCUCAGGACAUCCAGGUGUCCGGUUUGAUGUGCCACUGGCUGCGUGGGAAACGCAUCUCCAGCAUCAAGACGGUGGCAUGGAUGAUAACUCUGAGCGACGCACUGCACAACUUCAUUGACGGACUUGCUAUCGGUGCCUCGUUCACCGUGUCAGUGCUGACUGGCUUCAGUACGUCCACGGCCAUCAUAUGUGAGGAGUUUCCGCAUGAGCUGGGUGACUUUGUUAUCUUGCUGAGUGCUGGUAUGAGCGUUCCUCAAGCCAUCUUCUUCAACCUGCUCUCAGCAGUGUCGUGUUACGUCGGUCUGGUGUUUGGCAUCCUGCUCGGGAGCAACUUUACCCCCAAUGCAAUCUUUGCCAUCGCAGGAGGAAUGUUCCUGUAUAUUGCACUGGCAGAUAUGUUUCCAGAGAUGGACAGCAUAGCACGGGAACAGAAGAGCACUUCCUCUAAGAUCGUGUUCUUCCUGAUCCAGAACGCAGGGCUGCUCACCGGGUUCACCAUCAUCCUGAUGAUCACCAUGUUUGCAGGGCAGAUCAACCUGGGCUAAAGGGAAAAGGAAACAAAAAACUGGAAGUGAAAAUUAACAAAGGAGCUGCUUCUCUUGACCGCUCGCUCGGCUGGGUGGGAAAGUGAACGUGAAGUGAAUGUUUUGUACAAACAAAACCACACGUUUAAAGGAAAAAUGAUGCUUUUAUGUGUUCUGACUGUCAAUUUAGUGGAAUGUUUACGUAUAAAAAGGGAAAAUCUUUACAAUCAUUUGAUGUAUAAACUGUAGUCAAAUUUGUUUUAGGGAGACAAUAAAUUAUUUUUUCUGUCUUCAUAUAGUGUGAAAUAUCUUACACUGACUGUAUGCUCACUGUUGCUGUGGUGUAAACAAACAUCAGCUGUGCUAUCGUGGCAGCCGUGUUUGACCUCAGGGCUUUGUGACCUCUGUGACCUUUUCCUUUCAGAUUUUCUGCUCUUUUUUGAAUAUAGUAUGUUUGUUGCUUUUAGAUACUGAUUUUAAUGAAAAUAGAUUGGGAUUCUCACUGAUUGUGCUCCCGUAAGGCAAAAUAUAACAAAAAUCACCACCCUGACUUUAAUUGAAGAGUUUGGUCUAGACCUGCUCUAACUGGAAAGUGUCAUGAGAUAACUUUUGUUGUGAAUUGGCGCUAUAUAAAUAAACUGAAUUGAAUUAAAUUGAAAUUGAAUAGAUGACAUGAGCUUUGAUGAACUUUGUAGUUCAAAAUGGGUAAUAUGUGCGUCUACGUCAGAGUUCAGAGGCCAUAUGUACAUUAUAUUAUGAAUCAUUUGAGUUUUUUGCUCCACACAUGAAGUAUAAUUCAUCUGCAUGGACCUUUUCCCCCUCGGGGUUUCAUUCUGUUGAAAGAUUAUGUACAAUAUGUGCAUUUUUCAGUAAUGUGUCUGUACGUUCGACUUGUGUCCCCAACUUCUUUGUAUUCUCUUCGAUUUUCUUUAGUUGGUAUGCGACACCUGGUAAGGUUCUUAAAAUAUAAAUCCAAAGCAUUUUGUGGAUUUAAGGUUUUUAUGCAAUUUAGUUUUUCAUUUUAAUACUUAUUACCUAUAAAUGUAUAAACAAAAAAAAUAAAUAAAUAAAAAUAUUCCACUUUGAUGGCAUAGUGUGU